AUGUCUACAACUUGGCCGAAGCUACUGCUCACAGCAUUUUUCUUGGGCCAAUGCCAAAGUCAGUCCAAGAACGAUGUUCUGCAUGUUUUUGCCCCGCCGCUGCUAUCGACAACAAGUCACGAAGCCGGCAAAGUCAACAAUGUCACGCUGACUCCGCCAGGACUCAUCACCCAAGGACGGGAACUGGAACAAGAGCUAGAGCUGGAGCUGGGACAGGACCCACUGACACCACAUGCUGCUUUAUCGUCACAGCGCAAACUCUCGAGAGGCAAACGCUUUGUGGCCUUUCCCGUGGGUUCAUCAGCAUCGGCCGCUGUCUGUCUCACCACCGGUGUUAUCGGCAACCCCAACUUGCUAUAUCUCAGUCUGGGCAUCAAUUGGGGCGUUGCCUACGACCUGCCCAAUGUCACAUGGGUCCUGCAGAAUGCCCAUGGCUGGACCACAAAGAAAUCGGCCAAAGCACAAAUCAAACGCAGACACCGACGUGAGCUCUACAGUCGACUGGAGACAAUGAUAGACAGCAUGGGUUACAAUGGCCGUGAUUGCGUCUUGCGUACCCUCUGCGAGAGUCGUCAGUACUUUCAGCGAACAAAGAUGAACAUGGUCGGUGAGAUGCUACGCACGAUAUUCAGCCUGCCGAAGCAGCGAAUUUUCACACGGGAACUGCACGAGAACUCGGAUAUCGUUCACUAUGAUAAGGCCUAUCGCCAGGCCCACCUCGAUGACUGCGCCGCCCAGUACGACUGUCACUUUUCUCUGCUAGAAUUGGCCUUUGGCAAAUACACGACGCCACCGAAAAAUUAUUAUGCCCAAUAA